AUGACGAUAUCUCUCCAGUACAAGUCUGGCAGCUCCUACUACCACACCUGUGGAGGUAGUCUGAUCAGGAGGAUGGUCAUGACUGCUGCUCACUGUGUGGACAGCCAGAGGACGUGGCGUGUGGUUCUGGGAGAGCACAACCUGAACAGCAUCGAGGGUAAGGAGCAGAUCAUGACCGUCAACAAAGUCUACGUCCACAACUUGUGGAACUCCAACAGCGUUGCUGCAGGAUAUGACAUUGCUCUGCUGCGUCUGUCCACCGAGGCUUCCCUGAACUCUGCUGUCCAGCUGGCUGCUCUUCCUCCGUCUGGCCAGAUCCUGCCCAACAACAACCCUUGCUACAUCACCGGAUGGGGACGCACCCAGACCGGCGGUUCUCUGUCCAGCAGCCUGAAGCAGGCUUGGCUACCCAGCGUUGACCACCAGACCUGCUCCAGCUCUGGCUGGUGGGGAUCUUCCGUCAAGACCACCAUGGUCUGUGCCGGKGGYGGARCCAAYUCUGGUUGCCAGGGAGACUCUGGUGGCCCCCUGAACUGCCAGGUCAACGGUCAGUACUAUGUCCACGGUGUGACCAGCUUCGUUUCCUCUUCUGGAUGCAAUGCUACCCGCAAGCCCACCGUCUUCACCCGUGUGUCUGCUUACAUCAGCUGGAUGAACGGGAUCAUGGGUUGAAAAGGAAAACAUGGUCUUUGAGCAGAUAGACAGAACCCAGAUUCACCCCUGACCCUGCUCAACUACACCAACAUUCUGCUCUAAAAGUUCAAUAAACUUCAUUGACUUUGGAGUAAA